GCCUGAGACCAGACGGACACACGGCCACAGGGCUCCGGCCAGUGUGGGCAAGGCUGGCCAAGGAUGGUGAUGCCCAGGGCCCUGGGGCUCCUGCUUCUCUGGCUCCUCCUGCUUCUGGCCUCAGGUGAGCACGUGGAGAUGCCGAGAAAUGUCUGCCUGGGGCUCGUCAACGUGAACAUGUAUGAGUCCUUUCACCUUGAGAACACUGCUAAGUGCUUCCGAGAGUGCAGGCAGUGGGGGAGCAAAACGUGUCACCUGGGAAACUUGCAGAGGUACUGGCUGAACUACGAGGUCCAUCUGGUGGAGAAGAGUCAGAUGGAGACAGUGAACUUGACUUUUUUGAAGUCUUUUGUCAAGAACUUCAGCACCAACAUCUCAGAAGACCUGCACUUCUCUCUGAGCCCCUCUCAGAUUCCGAGGCAGGUGACAGGGGCCCAGCACGAGCACGAGUGCCCUGACAGAGUCCGGCUGCCCAGGAGCCUUUUCGCAUCCCUACAGGGCAGCAGGCCAACGGCCCGCUUGGCCAUAACCAUCCUGGACAUCGGUUCGGGGAAUCUCUUCAAGGGGCCCCGGCUCAGCCUGGAGGACGGCAGCAGCGUGUUGAACAAUCGCCUGGUGGGCCUGAGUUUGGGCCGUACGCCUGUGACAGGGCUGGCCGAGCCCUUGGAGAUCACCUUCUCCCACCAGCGUCAGCCUCCCAACCUGACCCUCAGCUGUGUGUUCUGGGAUGUCAAUAAAGGCUUAGCAGGAGACUGGUCUUCCAAGGGCUGCUCCACGGAGCACAGAGCCAAGGAGACUGUGUGCCGCUGUGACCACCUGACCUUCUUCGCCCUGCUGCUGAGGCCGAUCUUGGACAAGGCCACCGUGCAGGCCCUCAUACGCAUUUCCCAGGCUGGCUGUGGAGCCUCCAUGUUCUUCCUGGCCCUCACCAUUGUCCUCUACGCUGCCCUGAGGUUCUCCUGGCAGAGGCUCAAGUCAGAAGACCCGCCCAAGAUCCACGUGGCCCUGAGCGUUAGCUUGUUCCUCCUGAAUCUCGUCUUCUUCACCAACGUGGGGCAUGGCGUGGAGGGGUCCGAUUCCGCCUGCUGGGCCCGGGGGGCCGUCUUCCACUACUUCCUGCUCUGCGCCUUCACCUGGAUGGGCCUGGAAGCCUUCCACCUCUAUCUGCUCAUCGUCAGGGUCUUCAACACCUACUUCGGGCGCUACUUCCUGAAGCUGAGCCUCGUGGGCUGGGGCCUGCCUGCCCUAGUGGUCAUCGGCACCGGGAGUGCCAACAGCUACGGCCGCUACAGCAUCCGUGACGAGGAGAACAGAACCACACUGGAGCUGUGAGAUAAUCACUUAAUGCAAUUUUUUUACAAUAUCACGUGGGGCAAACAAAACACGUCUUUGGGGCCACGACUCUUUUGUACUCACUGGUCUAAAGAGACAGCAGCCUGGAGCCUUGGGACCCCUUCCCCAGGAAGCAGGGGACAGUGGGCAGAGGUGGGAGAAGGCAUCUUCUUGGUCAUGGAAGGUCAGUUAGGGGAGACGGCCGGGGCUGGCUGCUCAGGGGUGCUGUCCCAGUCCCAGCGGCCAUCCGCCCCCUCCAGGUGCUGGUUCCGCGAGAACGCUGCCAUCCCCCUCUACAUCACCGUCCAUGGCUACUUCCUCGUCACCUUCCUCUGCAGCGCGGUGGUCCUGGGCCUGGUGGCCUGGAAGAUCUUCACUCUGCCGAGUGCCACGGCGGGCAAGAAACAGGGGCCGAACUGGAAGGCGGUCCUCACCUUGCUGGGCCUUUCGAGCCUGGUGGGCGUGACAUGGGGGCUGGCCAUCCUUACGCCCCUGGGCGUGUCCACCAUCUAUGUCUUCGCACUGUUCAACUCCCUGCAAGGCAUCUUCAUCUUCUGCUGGUUCAUCGUCCUCUACUUCCCGAAGCAGAGCGCCGUGUCCUCCUCCUCUGGUACCGCCCGACCUGACCAGGCCCACACCAUGUCUCAAGAAUAGGGGCCGCAGUGUGGCCGGGCCAGGGUGGGCCCUGCAAUCGGGACUCAGCUCUGACUCGCUGUGUGACCUCGAGCAGCUCGCUGCCUCCCUCUGGGCCUCAGUGCCCUUCUCUGUACAAUGUGGCUGCAGCGAGAGGGGGUGGGGACCAGGUUGGACCAUGUGGCUUCAAAGGUCCCAUCCAGACACAUCUAUGUGUCCUAGCGUCCACAAAUCCAGGAUCGCAGGAGUCUAAAGGUCCUACAGUCCUGAGACCGCUGCCAGCACAGAGCAUCACCGUCACCCCCACCCCCAUACCCCACCCCGCUGCCUUCAGAGCAAAGCAGCCUGUCUCUGCCAUCGCCCACCUUCUGGUCUCAGUAAGGGCCUGAGCCCAAGGAGGGGAGUCUGUUGUUGGCACAGCCCCUUGAAGGAGCCCCCAGCCUCCUGCCUUCCUCCCUCUCAUCACUGCCCUCCCACAUCUCCGCCGACUG